CAUUAUUAUGCAGCCAGGUGUGUGUGUGUGCGUGUGUGUGGAGUUGUCUCGUUAUAUAUUUAUUUCUUUUGCACUGGGAAAACUCGUUUUCCAGCUAACUGUGCCUGGAGUGCAGUUGUUGCUAUUGUUGAUUGUGGAGAUUUCCGAGAGCUUCCGUUUUAAGACUGGGAAAAUGGAAAAUGAUUGCAGUGUGUGGAGUAUAAAUGAAUUCGCUGUGUCCAGGCCGCCUUACUCAUUGUGCGAACUUUGCAACGGCAACUGACGACAGCUGCUCCAACAACGUAUAUGGACUAAUAAUAGCUACGCUACAAAAGCUAAAGAAAACUCGCCAUGUCGAAUGGGUCAUUGAUAUUGCUGUUGUGGGCAUUUUGCUCAAGUGUGGCGGCCACGCCCACGUCAUCAAUAGCACAGCGUCGUGCACAGCUGCAGGAGGAUGUGCAGCUAUUGCAUCCGCAAAUCAUAACUAUUGAACGGCUGGAGCAUUUGCUCCGGCGUGCAGGUGAAAUAUUUGGUCCGGUUGCCCAGGUCGCUGAUUCUGAAUCGGCCGGCAGUCAAUUGGAGCCUCAAGUAGAGAUGCAGGUGCAGCCACAGCAGUACAUGUUGCCACCCACAGAUCAGCCCUAUAACUUCUACUUGCCGCUCUACGAUUACAUUGAUCCCAAGCUGGACGCCAAGAGUCGGCACAUGGAGAAAAUUGCGCCGCCGCCACAGAGAUUGCAACAGGAGCACAAUUAUUACGCCGACAAGCCAAAGAAGACGCCGAAGAAGUUCAAUGCGGCCGCCAAGCACGUCAACCUCAAGUGGCUCAACACAUACGAGAAGGCAAUGGGCGGAGUUGCUCCCAAGGCAAUCUAUCUGGAGCAGGAUGAGCGCAAUCGCAUCAACUUUGAUGACUCCUUCUUCGCGGUUGAUAUGCAGGUGAAGACGCCGGACAAUCAGCCUCACAAGGAGUCGAGCGCUGUGCCCGCCGAAUUGCUGCAGCACGGCGAACAGCUGGCCGAGGAUGAUCUGAUGGCCGCGCCUGCCCAGCUCACAUACAGCUACAAGCCAACGGAAGCUAUGAAGCAGCCUGCUUAG